AUGGCGGGGUCCGACCAGAUCAGCGAAUUCUGCAGGGCGCUUGGGGGCGACACGCCGAUCCGCAGCGUGCUGGUCGCCAACAAUGGGAUGGCGGCCGUCAAGUUCAUGCGCAGCAUCCGCGCCUGGGCCUCCGAGACCUUUGGCACCGAGAAGGCCAUCCUUCUGGUGGCCAUGGCGACCCCAGAGGACCUCCGGGCCAAUGCGGAGCAUGUAAGGAUCGCUGACCAAUUCUUGGAGGUCCCUGGUGGAACCAAUAACAACAACUAUGCAAAUGUGCAGCUCAUUGUCGAGAUAGCAGAGAGGACCCGGGUUUCUGCAGUUUGGCCAGGCUGGGGUCAUGCCUCUGAGGACCCAGAGCUUCCAGAUGCGCUCAAGGAAAAGGGGAUCAUUUUUCUUGGGCCACCGUCGGCCGCCAUGGCGGCACUAGGUGAUAAGAUCGGUUCCUCUCUUAUUGCACAAGCAGCAGGAGUUCCAACUCUUCCAUGGAGUGGGUCACAUGUGAAAGUUCCGCAAGAAACCUGCCACUCUAUACCUGAGGAGAUCUAUAAGAAGGCUUGUGUGUCAACCACAGAGGAAGCAGUCGCAAGUUGUCAAGUGGUGGGGUAUCCUGCAAUGAUCAAGGCAUCGUGGGGCGGUGGUGGUAAAGGAAUAAGGAAGGUGCACAAUGACGAUGAGGUGAGAGCCUUGUUUAAGCAGGUGCAAGGAGAAGUCCCUGGAUCGCCUAUAUUUGUUAUGAAGGUGGCCUCUCAGAGCCGGCAUCUAGAGGUCCAGUUGCUCUGUGACAAGCACGGCAACGUAGCAGCGCUGCACAGUCGGGACUGUAGUGUUCAGAGAAGGCACCAAAAGAUUAUCGAAGAGGGACCAAUCACUGUUGCUCCUCCAGAGAAGGUUAGAGAGCUUGAGCAGGCAGCAAGGCGGCUCGCUAAAUGUGUGCAAUAUCAGGGUGCUGCCACGGUGGAAUAUCUGUACAGCAUGGAAACGGGUGAAUACUAUUUCCUGGAGCUUAAUCCAAGAUUGCAGGUAGAACACCCUGUGACCGAAUGGAUUGCUGGAGUGAACCUACCUGCAUCUCAAGUUGCGGUAGGAAUGGGCAUACCCCUCUACAACAUUCCAGAGAUCAGACGCUUUUAUGGACUGGAACAUGGAGGUGGCUAUCACAGCUGGAAGGAAAUAUCAGCUGUUGCGGCUAAAUUUGACUUGGACAAAGCACAGUCUGUAAGGCCAACGGGUCACUGUGUAGCAGUUCGAGUUACUAGCGAGGAUCCAGAUGACGGGUUUAAGCCUACUGGUGGAAGAGUGGAGGAGCUAAACUUUUUUGGUCAUGUUUUUGCUUUUGGGGAAUCCAGGUCGUUGGCAAUAGCCAAUAUGGUACUUGGGUUAAAAGAGAUCCAGAUUCGUGGAGAGAUACGCACCAAUGUUGAUUACACGGUCGAUCUCUUGAAUGCCGCGGAAUACCGAGAAAAUAAGAUCCACACUGGUUGGCUAGACAGCAGAAUAGCUAUGCGUGUCAGAGCAGAGAGGCCACCAUGGUACCUUUCAGUUGUUGCUGGAGCUCUAUAUGAAGCAUCAAGCAGGAGCUCAAGUGUUGUAACCGAUUAUGUCGGUUAUCUCAGUAAAGGUCAAAUACCACCAAGGCACAUCUCUCUUGUCAAUUUGACUGUAACACUAAAUAUAGAGGGGAUCAAAUAUACAGUUAAGACAGUAAGAGGUGGACCUGGUAGCUACAAAUUAAGAAUCAAUGAAUCAGAGAUUGAAGCAGAGAUGCACUCGUUGCGUGAUGGUGGGCUCUUAAUGCAGUUGGAUGGAAACAGUCAUGUAAUUUACGCAGAGACAGAGGGUGCUGGUACACGCCUUCUAAUCAAUGGUAGAACCUGCUUAUUACAGAAAGAGCAUGAUCCUUCCAAGCUGUUGGCUGAUACACCGUGCAAACUUCUUCGGUUUUUGGUCGCCGAUGGUUCUCAUGUGGUUUCUGAUACACCAUAUGCUGAGGUGGAGGUCAUGAAGAUGUGCAUGCCACUGUUACUACCGGCCUCUGGUGUCAUUCACUUUGUCAUGCCUGAGGGUCAGGCCAUGCAGGCGAGUGACCUGAUAGCAAGGUUGGAUCUUGAUGACCCAUCUUCUGUGAGGAAAGCUGAACCAUUUCAUGGCACCUUCCCAAAGCUUGGACCUUCUGCUGCUAUUUCUGGCAAAGUUCACCAAAAGUUUGCUGCAAGUGUGAAUUCUGCGCACAUGAUCCUUGCAGGAUAUGAACAUAAUAUCAGUCAUGUUGUACAAUAUUUGCUAAACUGCCUAGACAGCCCUGAGCUCCCUUUUCUUCGGUGGCAAGAACUCAUGUCCGUUUUGGCAACACGACUCCCAAAAGAUCUUAGGAAUGAGUUGGAUGGUGUGUACAAGGAGUAUGAGUUGAAUGCUGACUUCCGGAAGGGCCAGGAUUUCCCUGCCAAGUUGUUAAGGGAAGUCAUUGAGGCAAAUCUUGCACACUGUUCUGAGAAAGAUAGGAUUACCAGUGAGAGGCUUAUAGAGCCACUUAUGAGCCUGGUCAAGUCAUAUGAGGGUGGAAGAGAAAGCCAUGCUUGCGUUGUUGUCAAGUCUCUCUUUGAGGAGUAUUUAUCUGUUGAAGAACUGUUCAGUGAUGACAUUCAGUCUGAUGUGAUAGAACGUCUACGACUUCAACAUGCAAAAGACCUUGAGAAGGUUGUCUAUAUUGUGUUCUCCCAUCAGGGUGUGAAAAAUAAAAAUGAGUUGAUACUACAGCUUAUGGACGGAUUGGUCUACGCAAAUCCAUCUGCUUACAGGGACCAGUUGAUUCGCUUUUCUGCUCUGAACCAUACAGCAUACUCUGGGCUGGCACUUAAAGCAAGCCAACUUCUUGAGCAAACUAAAUUGAGUGAACUCCGCACAAGCAUAGCAAGAAGCCUUUCAGAGCUGGAGAUGUUUACUGAGGAAGGAGAGCAGGUUUCUACACCUAGGAGGAAGAUGGCCAUCAAUGAAAGGAUGGAAGAUUUAGUGUGUGCCCCACAUGCAGUUGAAGACGCCCUUGUGGCUUUGUUUGAUCACAGUGAUCCUACUCUUCAGCGGAGAGUAGUCGAGACAUACAUACGAAGAUUGUAUCAGCAUUACCUUGUAAGGGGUAGUGUCCGGAUACAAUGGCACAGGUCUGGCCUAAUUGCAUUAUGGGAAUUCUCUGAAGAGCAUAUUGGGCAGUCUGCAGCACUUCUAAAGCAACAAGUACAGGAUCCCAGGGGCAGGCGAUGGGGUGUAAUGGUUGUAAUCAAGUCUCUUCAGUGUCUGUCAACUGCGAUUGAAGCUGCAUUAAAGGAGACUUCGCAUUACAGAGCAGGUGCUGGAAGUGUCUCAAAUGGUAAUCCUAUAAAUUCUAACCGUGGCAAUAUUCUGCACAUUGCUUUGGUUGGUAUCAGCAAUCAGAUGGGCACUCUUCAAGACAGUGGUGAUGAGGAUCAAGCUCAAGAAAGGAUUAACAAACUUUCCAAGAUUCUGAAGGAUACGACUAUAACAUCACAUCUCAAUGGUGCUGGUGUUAGGGUUGUCAGCUGCAUUAUCCAAAGAGAUGAAGGGCGUCCGCCAAUGCGCCACUCCUUCCAAUGGUCAUUUGACAAGCUAUAUUAUGAGGAGGACCCGAUGCUCCGUCAUGUGGAACCUCCUUUGUCCACAUUUCUUGAAUUGGACAAAGUGCAUCUAGAAGGUUACAGUGACGCAAAAUACACCCCAUCUCGUGAUCGCCAGUGGCACAUCUACACACUGGUAAAGAACAAUAAAGAUCCGAGAUCAAAUGACCAAAGGAUGUUUCUUCGUACCAUAGUCAGACAGCCAAGUAUGACCAAUGGUUUUUCGUUUGGACAUAUUGACAAUGAGGUAUGCCGUGCUCAAGCCUCAUCGUCAUUCAUAUCUAACAGCAUACUCAGAUCAUUGAUGGCAGCGCUAGAGGAAAUAGAGUUACAUGCUCACAAUGAGGCUGUGAGGUCAGCACACUCCCAUAUGUAUAUGUGCAUACUGAGAGAGCAGCUGUUGUUUGAUCUAAUUCCAGUUUCAACGAGGAUGGAUGAAGUUGGCCAAGAUGAGGAGACAGCAUGCACACUUUUGAAGCAUAUGGCUAUGAGUAUACAUGAACAUGUCGGUGUUAGGAUGCAUCGACUUUCCGUGUGCCAGUGGGAAGUGAAGCUAUGGUUAGAUUGUGAUGGGCAAGCUAGUGGUGCUUGGAGAGUUGUUGUUACCAUUGUCACUGGGCAUUCCUGCACUGUUGAUAUUUACCGAGAAGUGGAGGACUCCAAUACACAUGAGCUUUUCUACCGCUCCGCCACACCCGCAGCUGGUCCUUUGCAUGGCAUUCCAUUGCAUGAGCCAUACAAACCUUUGGAUGCCCUUGACCAGAAACGUAACACUGCUAGGAAAAAUGAAACUACAUACUGCUAUGAUUUCCCAUUGGUAUUUGAAAAAGCAUUGAAGGAGUCCUGGAAAUCUGGUAUUUCACAUGUUGCAGAAGCUAACGGGCACAAUCAGCGGUAUGCUCAAGUGACAGAGCUCAUGUUUGCUGAUUCAACUGGAUCAUGGGGUACUCCUUUGGUUCCAGUUGAGCGUCCUCCAGGUAUGAAUGAUAUUGGAACUGUUGCUUGGAACAUGAAGCUGUCCACACCAGAAUUUCCAGACGGCCGGGAGAUUAUAGUUGUUGCAAAUGACGUGACAUUUAAAGCUGGUUCUUUUGGUCCUAGAGAAGAUGCAUUCUUCGAUGCUGUUACCAAUCUUGCUUGUGAGAGGAAAAUUCCUCUAAUCUACUUGGCAGCAACUUCUGGUGCUAGGCUCGGUGUAGCAGAGGAAAUAAAGGCAUGCUUCCAUGUGGGAUGGUCUGAUGAUGAGAGUCCUGAACGUGGUUUUCAGUAUAUUUACCUCAUGGAACAAGAUUAUUCACGCCUAAGAUCUUCGGUUAUAGCCCAUGAGCUAAAGCUGGAAAGUGGAGAAACCAGAUGGGUUGUUGAUACCAUUGUUGGGAAAGAGGAUGGACUCGGUUGUGAGAAUCUACAUGGAAGUGGUGCCAUUGCCAGUGCCUACUCUAAUGCAUACAGAGAGACGUUUACUCUGACAUUUGUGACUGGGAAAGCUGUUGGCAUUGGGGCUUAUCUUGCUCGGAUAGGACUGCGGUGUAUACAGCGUCUUGAUCAACCAAUUAUUUUAACUGGGUUUGCUCCGCUAAACAAGCUUCUGGGACGGGAGGUUUAUACCUCCCAAUUGCAACUGGGUGGCCCCAAAAUCAUGGCUGCAAAUGGAGUUGCCCAUCUCACAGUGUCAGAUGAUCUUGAAGGUGUUUCUGCUAUCUUGAAAUGGCUCAGCUACGUACCUGCGUAUGUCGGCGGUCCUCUUCCUAUUCUGACACCUCUUGAUCCACCGGAGAGACCUGUAACAUACUUACCAGAGAAUUCAUGUGAUGCCCGUGCGGCCAUCUGUGGCAUUCAGGACACUCAAGGAGGCAAGUGGUUGGGUGGUAUGUUUGACAGAGAAAGCUUUGUGGAAACAUUAGGGGGAUGGGCGAAAACUGUUAUCACCGGAAGGGCAAAGCUGGGUGGGGUUCCAGUCGGUGUCAUAGCUGUGGAAACCGAGACAAUGAUGCAAGUGACCCCCGCUGAUCCUGGUCAGCUUGAUUCUGCAGAGCGUGUAGUCCCUCAAGCAGGACAGGUGUGGUUCCCAGAUUCGGCCGCGAAAACAGCCCAGGCACUGCUGGAUUUCAACCAUGAAGAGCUCCCAUUGUUCAUACUUGCUAACUGGAGAGGCUUUUCUGGUGGCCAAAGGGAUCUGUUUGAAGGAAUCCUUCAGGCCGGUUCCAUGAUUGUCGAGAAUCUGAGGACAUAUAAGCAGCCUGCCUUUGUGUAUAUACCAAAGGCUGGAGAGCUGCGUGGAGGCGCAUGGGUCGUGGUGGACAGCAAGGUCAAUCCUGAGCACAUUGAGAUGUAUGCCGAGAGGAGUGCAAAAGGUAAUGUCCUUGAGCCAAAGGCGCUAAUUGAGAUCAAAUUUAAGCCAAAUGAAGUCGAAGAGAGCAUGUUAAGGCUUGACCCUCAGUUGGUCAGACUCAAUGCUAGCCUCCUCAAAGAAAUCAAGAUAGGCACAUCGGAAACGGAGGCCAUCAGGAUCAGGAGUAUGAUGACCGCUCGGAUGAAGCAGCUGAUGCCCAUAUACACUCAGGUUGCUACCCGGUUUGCUGAACUGCACGACACCACUUCCAGAAUGGUCGCCAAAGGUGUGAUCAGAAAGGUGGUGGACUGGGAGGAGUCCCGGGCCUUCUUCUACAGGAGGUUGCGAAGGAGGGUUGCUGAGGAUUCACUUGCCAAACAAGUUAGAGAAGCCGCUGGUGAGCAGAUGAUGCCUACUUAUGGAUCGGCGCUGGAGUGUAUCAAGGAAUGGUAUAUGGCUUCUCAAGGACAGGGAGAUGGCGAGAAGUGGGACGAUGACGAGGCUUUCUUUGCCUGGAAAGACGAUUGUAGCAACUAUGACAAGCAUCUCGAGGAGAUGAAAGCUGAACGAGUAUCCAGGCUGUUGUCGCAACUUGCUGAAAGCUCAGAUGUGAAGGCUUUGCCCAACGGUCUCUCGCUCCUCCUUGGCAAAAUGAAUCCUUCAAAGAGGGAGCAGGUCAUCAAUGGCCUCAGGCAGCUUCUUGGUUGA